GCCUUGAUCAGCUGUUUUGAUUGUAUAGCUCGGAAGAUAAUUUUCAAGUUUAUAAAAAUAAAUAAACUUCUCAGUAAGGAUUAAGGAUGCUUCGCUUUAAUUUAAUUGUGGCAGUUUGCGAGAAUUUCGGAAUCGGCAUCAAAGGCGAUCUACCAUGGCGCAUUAAAUCUGAACUGAAGUACUUCAGCCGCACCACCAAGCGAACAAGUGAUCCCACCAAGCACAAUGCCGUUGUGAUGGGCAGGAAAACCUACUUCGGAGUGCCGGAAAGCAAGAGGCCUCUUCCCGAUAGGCUGAACAUAGUGCUGAGCACCACACUUCAGGAGAGUGAUUUGCCCAAGGGAGUACUCUUGUGCCCCAAUCUCGAGACGGCCAUGAAGAUCCUCCAGGAGCAGAACGAAGUGGAGAACAUUUGGAUUGUGGGCGGUAGUGGAGUCUACGAGGAGGCCAUGGCCUCGCCAAGAUGUCACCGUCUGUACAUUACCAAAAUAAUGCAGAAGUUCGAUUGCGACACCUUUUUCCCCGCGAUCCCUGACAGCUUUCGAGAGGUCGCGCCUGAUUCCGACAUGCCACUGGGUGUGCAGGAGGAGAAUGGCAUCAAAUUCGAGUACAAGGUUUUGGAGAAACAGUCAUAAUAAAAUAAUCCACUAAUUUA